GGUUAAGAAUCUGGGGCAAUUAGCUUUGGAGUUUGGAGAAUGGCUUCGAUAUCUCAUUCUCCGGUCACUUUCGCCGGAACAUCGGCUUCGGAUCUUCUCCGGAGCUCGAGUAACGGCGUUAGAGGCGUUCCAUUGAAAGCCCUAGGGAGAGCGCGAUUGGGCGCUAGGAGGAAGGAUUUCAGCGUUUCGGCGAAGAUUAGAAAAGUGAAGAAGCAUGACCAUCCGUGGCCCCAGGAUCCUGAUCCGAAUGUCAAAGGUGGAGUUCUCACUCAUCUAUCUAGCUUCAAGCCUCUAAAGGAGAAGCCCAAACCCGUUACUUUGGAGUUCGAGAAGCCUCUCGUUGCUCUUGAAAGGAAAAUCAUUGAUGUUCGGAAGAUGGCAAAUGAGACUGGGCUGGACUUUAGUGAUCAGAUUAUUUCACUGGAGAACAAAUACCAGCAG